AUGAAGCUCGCGAUUAUGCGGCCACAGGCUUGUUUUGAACCACCAAAGUUGCAUUUGUUUACCGGACAACGCAAUGCCGUCGCAGGACGAGGCUCCUCAGCGACCGUACCUGAGCGCCGGGUCAAGUGUGUGCUGGUCGGGGACGCGGCGGUGGGUAAAACGAGUCUGGUCAUCAGCUACACCACUAACGGAUAUCCGGCAGAACACAUUCCCACCGCCUUUGACAACUUCACAGAUGAGUUUGAGCGCCUCCGUCCACUCUGUUACCGUGACGCUGAUGUCUUCCUGCUCUGCUACAGCGUGGUCCUUCCAUCCUCCUUCAGGAGCGUGACGGCCCGCUGGGCCCCCGAGGUCCAUCGCCUCUGUCCGGGCGUUCCCAUCAUCCUCGUGGGCACCCAGAGCGACCUGCGGGAGGACGUCCAGGUGCUGAUCAGACUCGCGGAUGGCCAGGAGAAACCGGUGAGCGGAGACGACGCCCGCCUGUGCGCCCGGAGCAUCAGCGCCGUCACGUUUGCUGAAUGCUCAGCGCUGACGCGGAAGAACCUGAAGGAAGUGUUCGACGGCGCCAUCUUGGCCAGCAUGCGGCACGCGGAGGAGGCGGCUUGGCCAAGGAUGCACACGCUGAGAGAAAAAACUCCAGAUAAAAUCAGGCAGCUCUCAGAAACAUGGUGGAGGAAACUGAGCUGUGUCCAGAACUUUGACCUUCAGUGAUGGAGAAUCCACUUACGCCACACUGCGUCACCUGUUACGUGUUGUAUAUCCUGUGACCCAGAAGUGUUUGUGUCGUUUGGCCCAGUACCUUGCAUUCAUAGCAGUGGAUUAGCUGAUCCUGUGAACAGACAGAAGAUCAAGACUGAAGGAGUGGGAUUUGAUGUCUGCGUUACACCUGUUGGACUCCGCGAGGCGGUCCGGAGCCGCUGCUGAUCCUGUAAUGGGUCGAGACAGAAGCCACCUGUGGGAAUUAGGUGGGCAGAUGGCGACUGGUUUUCCCCUCACAGCAUCUCUUGACCUCAACCUCCACCUGCUGCAGAAAUCAUGCAGGAAUAACAUCAGAACAACAGGCAUUGAGAGCUGAACCUGGGUCAUUUUACCAGUAUGACUCAGUUCAGCUGGUAUUCUGGGCCGAUGACAAUCGAGAGUGUGACUUACAUUUUUUUUUUCUUCUAAAAACAUGACUGGAAACAAUAUUUCUUACUCGGCGUAUUUUAAUACACUGUUGUUGUCAAUAGUAUUCAUCAAUAUAAGGCUUUAAUUGUCUCUCUAGUAGUAGUGCACUUAUGGAGCUUCACCUGUAGAGGACAUUAUUGAGUUACGUCCUGAAAAUCAUGUGAACACAAGAGGUCAAGGCCAUCCAAUCUGAAGCAUCUUCUGUGUGGGUUCUGCUGGGAUGGCAUUAAUGCUUUCACUGCCAUGUGGCUAUUGGCAGGGAUGUUUUAAGUCAGAGUUAAUGUCUGAAUGUCAUUGAAAUCAAUAAAAUCAAGUUAAAUUAAGCGUCUAUCAGCAUGUGGCAAA